GGACCUUUGAACCCCAACGUAAACGAGCCGGUAUUUGGUUGGGGGCGUGUGUGUCGACUGUCUAUACUUGGAAUGGCGGACUCUGUGGUAGUGGAGGAGAAGUAUAUGUGUCCGAUCUGUCGCGAGGUCCUCAAAAAACCCACAUCCACUCGCGAGUGCCUUCACAGGUUCUGCGAGGGCUGUCUGCGUCAGAUGCGACCGAGCGACGACGGAAAUCACUACUGUCCACUCUGUCGGGGUCCCUUCCAAAUGUUGGCCACCUUCCAUGACGUACAGAUUGAGGGGGAGAUGGGCACCGUGUACUUCACCUGUCCCGGCUGCAAACACAAGCUUCCUCUGUUGAUGUACAAUGGACACCAGUCAGCGUGCAAGAAGUUGAGUAGGUCUGCUGCCGUGCCGCUGCUCGAUCCAGUGGCUCCUACCUCACAGGAAACUCCGGUGGCCCUCAAUCGCUCCACGUUCAAGUGUCCAUUGUGUGACCUGGACAACUUGGACUGUGAAGGUCUGAGGGAACAUGUGAACCAAGCCCAUGCCAAUAGCACAGCUCCUGUGGUGAAUAUCUCCUCACUCUUUACCCCUCUUUACCUGCCUAACCUCCACCAUCUUUCUGUGUAUAUAACUCCCCUUCCUCCCUUUGCUUUUAUCCCUCUUACUUCGCCUCUUCCUCUCUCCCUCUCUUUCUCUCUUUCUGUCAGGUGUGUCCAGUAUGUGCCUCCAUGCCGUGGGGAAAUCCAGAGCAGAGGAGUGGCAACUUUGUGGCCCACAUCAAUCUCAGACACCAGUUUGAGUACGAGACCUUUGUGGACUACAGUAAAGAUGAGGAUGCUAUCCUGCAGGAAGCUAUUCGUGAAUCACUUAAUGAUUUCUGAAUGUGUCAUUAUAGCUAAUGCUUUUGGUUUCGAUAUAUACCCAGGCGUUGUUCACAUUUUACGCAUGCGCAGUAAAUUUCCUGGCAACAGGGAUGAUCAUGAUGUUCGUCAUCGGCGGCGGCUCAGGUUUCGAUGCGGAUGGUUCAGGAAGUGGAGGGUCGGACGGAGAUGCAGACACGCCGCUGUUUGCCCGCGUCUUUCGCAGCCUCGGCAUCAUGGCUGCAGCUGGCCUGGGUUUGCUGGUCACCAUUAUCAUAAUGUUCAUCAUCUCCUCCAUAUGCCUCCUGCGAUCGUGGUGCAAGAGAAAGAGCAGAGUCAGAACCAUACGAACAAGAAAAGUGGGACCCAGACGCCGACGACCUAGUACCGAUUGGUAGCUCAUGUCACAUCAUAGACAACUAGCGACACUGUAAAUCCAACACCUUCCCUACUCCUUGAAAAGCGUCAAUGAUUUACCCUCUUUGCAUUUGCUUUUGUGCUGUGAGGCAGUGGCCAA